AGUGAUCACUACACAGAGACGGACGCCAUGACGGAAAACCUGCCAGCUUGGGAAACCAAGCCUGAGACCACCAGAGACAGAAAGAAGACGAGCUUCCAGACUGAGAUGGAUCCACACGUGGUGACUUGGAAAUUAUUUGCUGUCGGUGUGCUGCUCCUCACUCUGUACUCCAGCCACACUGCUGCUCUCAGCCUGGAAGACACUCUGGCUGACUGUCUGAAUGACACCGACUACAAGCAGCUGAAGCACACUAUUAAGAACGGCCUUCCAAAAACCAGUACACCACAACACGUUGUCAUUGUCGGAGCUGGCAUGGCCGGACUGACGGCUGCCAUGCUGCUGCAGGACGCAGGACACAAGGUCACCAUAUUAGAGGCUAGUGAUCGUGUUGGAGGACGAGUGAUUACCCACAGGAAUGAAGAAGAGGGCUGGUAUGUUGAACUGGGAGCCAUGAGGAUCCCAAGUCAUCACCACAUCCUCCACUGGCUUAUUAAGAAGCUGGGGCUCAAGCUCAAUACAUUCAGGAUGGUUGACGAGAACACCUUUUACUAUGUCAAUGGGAUUCUGAAGAAGACGAGCACAGUGCAAAAUCACCCUGAUGAUCUGAAUUAUGAUGUGUGGCCCAGUGAGAAAGGAAAGUCAGCUGACCAACUGCUACAGUUUGCUUUGCAGAAGGUAAAAGAUGAUGUGGAGGCUUAUGGCUGCUGGGCUGCACUGAUAAAAUAUGACCGUUACUCUGUACAGGAUUUUCUGAAGGAACAAAGUACUCUGAGUUCAGAGGCAGUGAGGAUGAUCGGAGACCUGCUUAACGAGCAGAGCCUUAUGUACACAGCACUGACUGAGAUGCUCUACGACCAGACUGAUGUCAAUGAUCACACUCGGUACACAGAAGUGACUGGGGGGACGGACCUUAUCCCCAAUGCUCUUCUUAAGCUCCUUAAUGAUUGCGACAUUCACCUCAACUCUGAGGUGAACCGCAUCAGGCACUCAGAUGAAGGUGUGAUUGUAACGUACCGGACAGGCCCACAGUCUAUUACUGUCCUUCCUGCCGACGUCGUCCUGGUAACAACCACAGCCAAGGCAGCUCUCUUUAUCGACUUUGUUCCACCUCUCUCCAUCCCAAAAAGGUUGGCACUGAGGUCGGUCCACUACGACAGCUCCACUAAAAUCGUCCUCACCUUCAGCAGGAAGUUUUGGGAAGAUAACGACAUCCGAGGAGGAAAGAGCAUCACUGACGGGCCGUCUCGUUUUAUCUACUACCCCAGCCACAGCUUCCCGACCAACGAUACCAUCGGCGUCCUCCUGGCCUCCUACACCUGGUCUGAUGACUCCCUCCUCUUCCUAGGUGCCAGUGAUGAAGACCUGAAAGAGCUGGCUCUGAGAGAUUUGGCAAAGAUCCACGGCGAGCACGUCAAGUCUCUGUGCACAGGUGUGGUGGUGAAGAGGUGGAGCGAUGAUCCUUACAGCCUGGGCGCCUUCGCUAUCUUCACACCUUACCAACAUUUGGAGUUACCCAGGGAGCUGUUCAGACACGAAGGCAGGGUGCACUUUGCUGGUGAACACACGGCCUUCCCUCACGCCUGGAUUGAGACAUCUAUGAAAUCUGCCAUCAGAGCUGCAGUCAACAUUAACAAAGCGUCAGCUGGAACUCAACACCGUGACGAACUGUAGGGUCUUCAAUCUGCUUUCAAGGGCAGGUAGUACUACAGUACUAAUAAAAUGGUUGUGUCAAAAGCUAGCAGAGCUCAGAGAGGAAAGAGGUGAAAAAUUACGACACUUUUGCUUGGUGGUUGUUUUGCUUGCUUCAGGAUUGAGAUUCAUAGUGAUUCUCUUUCUGACAUGCAGUUCUUAUCAGGCUGCUCUCCUGCACUGAUCCUAUGUAUCCCUACCAAAACUAAUGCAGCAGAACUCAUAUAUAUCUCACAUAAUCAGGAAGGCUGCGACCCCAUGAUCAAUGCGCUGAUGAGUAUAAAGAAGUAAGUAAUAUAAAGAGUGAAAGUCCAUUAAAGGAGGCAGGUUUGGGUGGUGGAUUGGUCAAACAAACAUAGGACUUUUCCCCAAGAGGCCGGGGUUUGGAACCGUAUGAAAACAAGUGAACUUUGAUUUAUCUUUGGGAACCUCGUCACCAUGUUUGUCUAACCCUAACCCUCCUAAACGUAACCUGUGUAACUUUACUGUCCUAAACCUAAAACCUACUUUAGUUAAGCUUCGUAAAUGUAAGACAUACCUUAACUUUCCUAACCAACGUAACUUUAAUUAAACCAAUCCUAUCUAAUUUUACUUUGCUAAAGGUAACCUAUGUAAAAUCACUUCCCUAAACUUCACGUUAAGUAGCUACCUAACAUGAUGACACCCAAUUUCCCAACCAAACCUACAUAUCUUUAUUUUUGCAAAAGUAACCUACGUAGCUUUACUUCACUGAACAUAACCUUUGAUAACGUUACCUGCCUAAACCUAUCCCACGUAACUUUACGUGUAAUGUGAUGACACCCAACCGUUUGUUUUCCUAAAGCAAACCUACACAGCUUUACUUUUAUAAAACUAACCUAUGUAACUUUCCCUCCCCAAACCUAACCUGUAAAACUGUACUUUCCUAAGUGUAACCUAUGUAGCUUCACGUUCCUAAACCAAACCUACCUAACUUUACGUUAAGUACAAAAAUAUGCCCACCAUGUUUCUUUUCAUAAACCUAACCUGCAGAACUUUAUGUUUACUACAUAACUUUACGUUAAGUACAUGAAAUGAUGAUGCUUUGUGUGGGGUGCUAAUUUGUAAGCUAUCAUAUAACCUGUUGUAUGUGCAUUUUUAUAUCAUACAAAUCUUUGUAUAAGGAUACGUUGCUCUAAUUCGCAUGAAACUGGUGGAUUAUUGGCAGUGAGAAAAUGGUUUGAUUUUACUCUGCAAAAGUAUAAUCACAUUUAUAACGACAUUGUUAUCUUGGCUAACCUUGUUUUUGGAUGUGGGAGUUUUUUGUUAGUUUGUUGGUGAUGGGUUUUUGGAUUUUAAGGAUUUCAGAUUUAGUUUUAAUGUUGAAUGCUGUGUGCUCCUUUGAGUUUUCUCCCCUCUAACAUCUGGGGACCAUGUUGGACAUAAAUUGUUUCCCAUAACCAUGUUA